AUGGAGAAUGGUACAAAGGACCGGCCUGUUGGCCUAGUCAUGGACAGCAACCUGACACUCGUCAUAUACCUUUUUGCAUUGAUAGGUCUGGGGGUUCCUACCGUCCUGCUCUCGACACGACUCAGUGCCGAAGCUGUCAGACACUUGGUGCAAAAAACACGGACAAGCACUAUCCUCGUCCCGGCACGGUUGGAUGGCACGGCUGGUGAGGCCCUGUCGUCAUGGGAUACGAAUGAUUCUCCUCCGCCUUCGAAGUACUAUCCUGCUGCGUACAGGAAUUUCUUGACCGAAGAGGCAUCGUCAUCCACUGCGUUCUCACAGAACAACGUCAGCCGGAAACCGUUCUGCCUUCCAGAGGUAGGCACCAUCUUCACUGGUCCGUCGAUAACGCAGCUCUUGCGGAGCAGUGGAGCAAAAUCGCUGCUUACAGUGCCAUCAAUUCUCGAGGAAAUCGCUCUGCUACCAGACAAUGAGGAAAUCCACGCUCUGCAACAGCUACACUUUAUCGCUUUUGGCGGCAGAUUGCCCAAAGAGACCAUUGGCGACAAAUUAACAGCUGCCGGAGAACACCUGCCGGAGUGA